UUGAAAGUGGCUGUGUAUGAAAGAUUAUGAAGUGAAUUGACACGGAGUGUUGAAAUACUAUUUUAUUCAGAGUUUUUAUUAUUGUUGUAAUUUGCUUUAUUUUUGACAAAGAAAUAUAUCAUUCAUGCCUGUCUUCCUUGUCGACGGAACAAGACGUUCAAGACAGAAACGUCUAGGCUGUGACGUUGAGAAUAUGUCGUUGAAGUUAAACCUCUUAACUAUGGAGCAGCUACAACAAUAUCUUGAGGAUGAAUGUUAUAAAAAUCACGGAGAAAAUUUGUUGCCGUUUUUGCUUUUAGACUGUCGCCCAUUUUUAUCCUAUACGGAGUGUCACAUUAUGACAGCAGUUAAUGUUCAUUGUCCAGCGUUACUACGAAGACGCUCCGGUGGACGAUUACCUUUAAGAACAAUAAUUCCUAAUUCAGAAAUAAGGGAAAAAGUUCUUCGUGGUGAAUAUUCUCACGUAAUUUUGUACAGUGAACACGGACAAGAGACAUACUUGUGGGGAAACUCUCCCGAGGAAGCUGUAGUAAAUUCUGUAGCUAGAUGUCUCAGCUUUGAAGCCGGGAUUAAACGUUUAUACUAUUUAUCUGGAGGAAUGCGAGAUUUCCGCCCCCGCUACCCUCAUCUUUGUACUAAAAGCAGCUCUCUUGUGGUUGGUGAUGACACGCCCAGAAGCACGAAUAACUGGACAUCUGAACGUUCUCAAAGUGACCAUGUACAUAGUAGUACUACCGAAGUGAUGAAAAUAUGGACACUGAACUCCGUCGUCAAAACAAAGCCCAAUUCUUCUGUAACUGACACACAGACCUCUCAUGUACUAUUCCCGGCGCAUGAGCAGGAAGAGCCUGUGCAAAUUUUAUCUUACCUGUUCCUGGGGAGUGCUUACCACGCUUCCAGUAAAGCUACUCUUCAGCACUUGGGAAUUACUGCUUUACUGAAUGUCUCCCAGACGUGUCCCAACCACUUUGAAAACGAUUUCACCUACAAAAUAAUACCAGUCAAAGACUCUGGAAGCGAAAAUAUAGCUUCUUGCUUUAACGAGGCUAUAGAAUUUAUUGAUAAUGCAAGAUCUGUCAAUGGAAAAGUACUUGUUCACUGCCAAGCGGGAAUCAGUCGCUCGGCGACAAUCUGCAUCGCCUAUCUUAUGGCUACCAAAAGGUUACGAAUGGAGGAAGCUUAUGAAUACGUCCGCUCUCGACGACAAAUAGUCUCUCCUAAUUUCAGUUUCAUGGAGCAACUAUUAUCUUUCGAAUCUCAGGUUUUCUCUCCUUCUGCUCGUUUAUGCUGCAAACCCACCCUUUCACCUCCUUCUCCCCUCAUUGCUGUAAUUCCACGGAAUCCCGAUCCGGACUCGCUAACACCCUCUGGAGGUGCUCAACAGAGUGUUUUUGACUUUCCCGGAACCUUAAACUCACUUUCGUGUGUUAGUUCUGGACUUACCACUGCCACAGAGACUUGCCACAUGCCGUCUAGUGUGACGUCAAGCUCAUUGUCUUGAAAUAACCAGCCAACUCAAGACCGGAAAAUCUGAGUUGUUUCAACUUGAAUAUACAAAUCAUGAAAAUAAUUUUAAAUUGCUAUUCUGUCUAGUCUUAACUUAAAUUAGAUAUUAACUAACCAGAGUAAUAUCAUUUGUAGUUAAAUAAAUCUUUUAAAAACUAUUUUUAUGAAAUUUACUUUGACUUGUGUAAGCCAAAUCUUAAUACGAUAAUCAGCAGAGGUAGACCUUCGUAAACACAUGUAUAGUGUUAUUUCCUAGUCCAAGUUAACUUUCAAUAAUUUUUAGUGACAGUUUAUCGUAAGAUAUAUUAUCAUAAAACUGUUUUAUCAGAAACGGGACCAGUCUUUAUUUAUGUGAAGUGUCAGUCAAUGUAAAAACAAAUCUAUGUAAAUAUCGAUAUCAAAGUUACAUCGUAGAAUUGAAAUAUUUUAACUAAAUAUCAUUAAACCACUAUUGUUUAUUCUUAUUUGUGUGAGAUUUUACCAUCCCCCCCUCCCUCCCAGUACAAUUUAAAAUCGUAUCGCCAUUUUAGAAAUCGCAUAAGCAUUGCAGUGUUGCUUCAUUCUUAGAAAUCAAUUUAUGUGGACGACUGCAAGGAAGUUAUGGACCAAUGCCUUGCUCUAUCCUGUCUUUAUCUCGUCUAAUCUGCUUCUCUUUUACCUACUGCCAAUUCUUACUUUCUUGAAGUGUUGUGUAUUUAAUUUGAUAUCCACGUAAUGCACACGUACAAAAGACCACGGUGAAGUCACGUGAUUCCGUGACUAUUUUAAUCUCUUUCGUUGCAUCUGUCUUCCUUUAUCUGCCUCUGUUUUGUGUUUCUUUUAUUUGUACUAUUUUAUCCUUAUCCUGAAUUAUCUGUCUGGGUAUUUAUUUUCAUCCAUUUCCUUGCUGGAUUUUAAUAGCAAGUAAUUUUCAGAAUAAAUAAAGGUAAACGAAUUUAUAUAUUAGUCCAACUACGUAGUUAAUGUGUUAAAGUUGACUAUAGAUAUGCAUUUAUAUACGUUUGUUGGUGUGUGUGUGUGAAAAUAGUUUUUCUGAUUUGACAGAAUUUAAUAUAUACAAAUGAUUGUAACGUUGAACUGAGUUUUAGUGAAGACAAGUGUUAAUCGUUAUGUUCACGAAACAUUAGGAAAAACUCGACCUUUUUCCCUGAUGUUGUUGAACUGUCUUUCAACAGGGUCUUAUCUAUUUGUUCUCAAUUCUUCAACUAAUCAUUAUAGAAGUUAAUUGGUUUAGAAUAAGAAUGUGUUUUAUUGAUCAUAAAUUA